UCCAUUUUUAAUUUGAGAACUACGUGCCUACAUGCAUUUCUGAUACUAUCGAUAAAAUCAUAUCGUCGAAAGUAGAUGUGGUUCGUGUCUGUACUAAAUCCUCAACCUGAGAGAGACUCAGUCUUUUUCAUAGAACUUAUAUCGUAUAUGAUUAUCAAUCAUAUUAGCUGUUCAGCACUUUCAGCAGAAUUGACCAAUUCAGCAGAGUUGACACUGAAUCGACCGAUUAGCUUAAUCAGAGUUUGUGAUCGGGCCUAAGUUAGUAUACAAUUGCUUUAAUGUGCAUUGAGUGCGCACUAGUUCUGUCAGUGAAAAACACUAAAGUUCCAAGGGGUUAGAUUCUGUUAAACAAAGAAGAAUUAUUUAUACUUCAACGUACAUACAUCUCAUCACAUUGACGUAUUCGUAUAGAGGUGACAGAGUUAAAGGGAAAAGAUAAACAGGAAAUACACAACGGGUAAAAUAACAGAAAACUAAACGGCGAGAAGAAAAGUUUCUACAAUAAUAAAAAUAUUCAAAUCAAGUGUCAAGUCUGUGGCAACAAACAAUGCAGGAAGAGCAAAAAAAUACUCCAAAAUUAGGAACUAUUCGAAAAAUUCGCAAUGCUGCAAGUACACCAGAUGUUGCAAGAAAUCUGUCGGAUACUACCUUAUCUGCUUUACAUAAUAUUUCUAGAACCACUUCUCGUAAUAGAGUAACUUUGAUGCCAAGUGACAUUGCACAGUUACAGAAAGUGCCAAGAAAGAAGAUUGUUGUAGACAAACAACCAAUCAUGCCAUCACAGAUAAUAUUGGAUGCACAAAAGAAAACGGACAGUGAAGAAUUAGAGCUUGGACUUCUUUACGAUGAAUAUUUACAAACUAUGAUGAUGGAUCUCAUAAUGAAGAAGAAGAUUCUAGAGAAAAAGCGUCUAAUGAUCAUGCAAAUGGCUGCCAUGGCACAAGAGAUUGAUCAAGAUACACAAAAAUUGAUUAAAAUUAAAACAAGGGAACGUGAUAUAAUAAAUUUAAGUUUAGCACAAAAAGAAGCAGAUGUUCAACUGAUUGCAAUGACAAAAUAUACUGUGUUCAAAUGUUUUAAGAAACACUGCAAAUCUAAUAGGAUCGAAAGGCGAAAUGUAUUGUGCUGUUAAUGCUGGAUUGAAGAAUUUUACUGAAACAUGUGACGAAAUAAAAAAUCUUCAAAAAAAAUUGGAAGAAGCACUGUGCAAUUUACAAGUAUUGAUGCUAAAAAAUGCUUCACUUUCAUUGGCAUGCGAUGACAGUGGGUAGAGACAUGUUGGAAUUGUUGUUUGAAGAAAUAGAAUUACAUAAAAAUAUGAAAAUUGAAUGAAUUGGAAGCUUUUUUGUACAAUUAUUACAUAAAAUGUACUAUGUGUUGUUGAAAUUUACGGAACAAUUAAAUUUAGUUGAAUA